AUGAUGACAGCAGGAAGGAAUGAGGCGCUUAACAGUCGACAACCAAGUUGGAUUCCCCCUCUGGAUGGGGUGAUCAAGGUGAAUUGGGAUGCCUCUAUGAAUAUGGCCAAGAAUUGGGUAGGGCUGGGGAUUAUAGCUCGAGACAUCAAAGGUUUAUGUAUGGGAGCACGAAGUAUAAUGCUACAGGCAAAGACUGACCCAAGAACGGCUGAAACAAUGGCAACACUAGAGGCUAUUCAAUUUAGCAAAGAAGCGGGUUUUUGGAAUGUUAUUUUUGAAGGAGACGCAGCUCAAGUGGUCAAAGAAAUAAAGUCGGAUACGCAGUAA